ACUGAAGAAGAGAUGAAGACGCUGCACUUGGCUCUGAUUCUGCUCUCGCUGUCCGGUGUUCUCACUCAGGACAGUGGAUGGGGUGUGAAUUAUACGGUUAAGUCGAUCUGUGCUGUGAGAGGAUUCAGUGUCUCCAUUCCCUGUAAUUAUUAUUAUCCAACAUCAAAUCCCAACAUUCAGGUGACACAAAGGAUUUGGUGCUCAAAUGAUGCAAACACAAAAGGGUGUCCAGGCCCUCUGUAUGUUUAUAACAGCUCAUUAAACACCACGUCAGACUUUGAGUACGUUGGAGACGACAAAUCAAACUGUACUUUGUUAAUCCACAAUGUACAGUUCAGUUAUUCUGGAGUGUACAGAUUCAAAUUUAUAACUAAUAAGACCGGUGGCAAGUGGGUAGGUGAACCUGGAGCGACUCUACAAACUGCAGAUUUAAAGGUGUCACUAAUCAGGCUCAGUGGAAACGGAACCCUUAAACAAGGAGACUCGUUAAAUCUGACGUGUGAUGUGACCUGCACACACAGUUCCUCACAGUUUGUGUGGUCUAAGAACAACGAACAGUUAAAUCCAUCAGGACCCGUUCUUCACUUUCCUGCUCUAAUCGUGAGGGAUUCUGGGAAUUACACCUGCACUUGGAAAACCAAGGAGACGUCAGGAUCUAAAACCAUCAGCCUUCAGGUCGAGGAUGUUUUCUGUUCACCAGGUGAAAAUCCUGAUGCUCGGUCAGUCUGGAUGAUUGUUUUAGUGACAGCUGGAGUUAUGUUCAUGGUGUUCUCUAUCCCAGCUGUGAUUUACAACAGGAGACGUGUCCACACUGAGCAGCUGAAGGAGGAUGAUUCAGACAUCUACACCACAGUACAGUACAAUACAUUCACCAUGAACUGA